UUAAUCUGUGGUUUAAGGAAAUAAAGUCAUUACAUAUUAUUAUUAUUAUGUGAUUAUUAAAAUAUAUACCAAACAAUUUACAUAAUAAUUAUUAAAGUGAAAACUGUGUUUAUUAUUAGUUUAAUGAUAACGUUACAUAUAAAUAGAAGUCUGAUAGAAAGAAGAUGCGAAGUCCAGCUGAAACGGUGUUUCGUAGAGGUCGAUGAAUGUUUUAAAUGUGUUGUUUAAUGGAUAGGUAUAACAUUCGAAUUUGAUAAAUAAUUGUAAUUACUGUUAUCGCGAUGGGAUGUUUCUAUAGCAAAAAGGAAAUUUCUGACUUGCAUCCAAAUAUAUUUCGCGUUGUUAAUAUUGAUGAAGAUGGCUCAGACCUGUGUUCUGGUCAGUUAGAAAUAACAGAUAUAGAUAUCAUUCUUUAUAGAGAAGGCAGAGAUUCAACAGUAUGGCCACUACAUUCUUUACGAAGAUAUGGCUUUGAAGGAGAUUUAUUCAGUUUUGAGUCAGGACGGAGAUGUGAAACAGGUGAAGGAAUAUAUGCAUUUAGAUGCCGAAGAGCAUCUGUGCUCUUUAGAACCCUGCAACAACAAAUACAAUUACGAAAUGUUGUCCAUGAUUCAGUGUCAUAUCCAGUAUCAAGAAUCAAUCCAUCUCCUCAAAGCCGACAAACACUUCAAGCUAGUGUGGUUCACAGAUCUUCAGUGGAUAAUGGACAACCAGAUACAGUUCUGAACAAUAAUCCUAUAUUGCCACCAUUGCCACGUAAUCCAACUCCCAGGUCUCCAUCUAGUGCAGAUAUAUUAGAGGUAGUCCAACCAUUGAAUGGACGUACCCAAACAAAUACUCAUGCUACUAAUAUCUACCAAGUGAGAAAUUUUAAAAGGGAACACAAUAACAAUCAGUCUGAACUUGGAGAUGGGCGACAUAUGUAUUCUAAUGAACUUAAUAGGGACUUGGCAAAACUUAGAAAAACCUUAAGACGUGAAAUGGCUUUAAUUGCUAUCAGAGACAUUGAGGAUGAGACAAGGUUUCUUAAAGGGAGGUAUAUGGAAAAUGAAGGAGGGCCAUCUAAUGAAAUGACAAAUGAUAUUGACCAAAAAUCACUAGAAGAUAGUGAUAAAUUGCAUGCUGAUCUUGCCAUACAGACAAACAUAAAUUCGGACCUGAAUGUUGAUCAAAAAGAUGCUGUCAGAGAUCCUACCAGGCUAUAUGUUAAUAUUACACCAAAUGAACAACUUCCCGUAGAACCUGUUAAAAAUGACAUACCUAUCACACCAGUUACACCCAAACCAGUAGAGUAUUGCAAUCUGACUAUUGGUUCUAACCCAGAGGUCAACACAUAUGCUAAUCUUAUGAUAGGUGAAAUGGCUGAGAAUAUCAAAAAACAUGAUCAUAAUCAGAAAUAUUCUGAAUCUGAUACUUUUAUGUCUAUGUCACCAGUGGAGGAACUAGAAGUCAACUAUGCUGUUUUAGAUAUUGAUACAAAUAAAGAAACUCUACGAACAGGUGUGCAAGCAGCAAGCCCUGAGAGUCAAUCAAAUAAUAGUUCUAAGAAUAAUAGUACUGCAUCUUAUUCCUCACAUGCAAGAAGCCGAAUUGUAUCACAAAAUAGUAUAGAUAAAGGUUCAAGUACAAAUGCUGUACCAUCAUUAGCCACAACAGCUAGCAUAGGCUAUACCACUAUAGAUUUUGACAAAACAGUCGCAUUAACUUCAGUUGCAGCAGCCGCUGAUGCAAACCUUGAUGGUCGUAAAAGCAGACAUAACUCAUGUGUUAUUAUUUCAAAUGCUUGUGAAAGGAAGUAAAGAAAAUUCUAUUCUAGUUGAGAAUAAUACUUUAUCAUCAUUAUUAUCUAUUACAUGACUGUGGUGUUACUGAAUAUACAAUAUACUAUAGGAGUAUUAGGAUCAUUUGUGUU